AUGGGGAGAGCUAAUACAUCUAGAGCCAAGAAACAGAGACAUGAUCCGCUUUUGAAGGAUAUCGAUUCUGCCCAAGGUACUUUGAAGAAACAGUACACUAAGAAAAAUCAAGUUACCAAUGGCGAAGAAAAUGAAGACGAUGAAGAAUUCAUUGAUGCUAAGCAUUCUCGUAAGAUUUUACAACUAGCUAGAGAUCAACAGGAUGAAAUUGCUGAGGAAGAAAACACUGAGUUGCAACGUGAAAUUCAAAACAAAGCUAGAUUCCAACAUAUUAGUUAUGAUGAUGAUGAAGAAGAUGAUGAUGAACAAGAAGGUGAUUUUUCCGAUUUUGAACCUGAAGGAGAAUAUGCUGAAGAGAUGGAAGAAGAAGAAAUUGUGGAGUUAGAUGAAGAAGAUGCAGCUAUGUUUGAACAAUAUUUCAAGAAAGCCGACGAUUUCAACUCAUUGAAUGGUAGUUAUAAUUUGGCUGAUAAGAUCAUGGCUUCUGUCAGAGAGAAAGAAGCCGAGAUUAAAGAAUCAGCUAUUGAUAUUGAUACUGAGGAAGUCGAUAAUGGUGAACAUGAAACUCAAAAGAGACCAAUGGAUGGUGUUGCACUACCUGAGAAGGUCAUCAGAGCCUACACCACUGUGGGUACUGUGUUAAAGACAUGGACUCAUGGUAAAUUACCUAAAUUGUUUAAAGUUAUCCCAUCAUUGAGAAAUUGGCAAGAUGUAUUAUACGUGACAAAUCCAGAAGAAUGGUCUCCACAUGUUGUCUAUGAAGCCACUAAACUAUUUGUCUCCAAUUUACAAGCCAAAGAAGCUCAAAAGUUUAUCAACCUGGUAUUAUUGGAACGUUUCCGUGACAACAUUGAAACAAAUGAGGAUCACUCUUUGAACUAUCAUAUUUAUCGUGCUAUUAAGAAAUCCAUCUAUAAACCAAGUGCAUUCUUCAAGGGGUUCCUUUUCCCACUAGUGGAAAUGGGUUGUAACAUCCGUGAAGCUACUAUUGCUGGUAGUGUGUUGACCAAAGUCUCAGUUCCUGCUUUACAUUCCUCUGCUGCAUUAAGUUAUCUAUUGAGAUUACCAUUUUCUCCUGCUACUACUGUAUUCAUCAAAAUACUUUUAGACAAGAAGUAUGCAUUACCAUACCAAACUGUAGAUGAAUGUGUUUACUACUUCAUGAGAUUUAGAAUCGUCGACGACGGUAGCAAUGGUGAAGAUUCUACUAGAACAUUACCAGUGAUAUGGCAUAAAGCAUUCUUGGUAUUUGCUCAACGUUAUAAGAAUGAUAUCACUGAAGAUCAAAGAGACUUCCUUUUGGAGACAGUACGUCAAAGGGGACACAGAGAUAUUGGUCCUGAAAUCAGAAGAGAACUAUUAGCAGGUAACUCCAGAGAGUUUGUUGACCCUAAUGAGGAAAAGGACGAUAUGAUGAUAGACGUCCAAUAA